GAAGCUUCCAACGGGGAGCUUCGAGAAGCCACCCCUAAAGUAUAAAAAGACGCAAGCAUGGCCUGGUGGUCUGCAUAGAGUCAAAGGACGCUCAAGCGAACACGCCUGAAGACAGACUUAACUGCUAACAGGAGCAGCAGUGAAGCACAGCCUUGAAACCUUUCAAGAGGAAGAUACAAGAAAAGCAGUCUAUCUGACGAUCGACCUGAAAAAGAGUCAGAGAUUUUUCUCAAGAUGCCUGAGAACGCUGGACACGUUAUGGAGGAGGAAGUGGAGACCUUUGCUUUCCAGGCUGAGAUCGCUCAGCUUAUGUCCCUCAUUAUUAACACCUUCUACUCAAAUAAAGAAAUCUUUCUUCGUGAGCUAAUCUCCAACUCCUCAGAUGCCUUGGACAAAAUCAGAUAUGAGAGCUUGACAGAUCCCAGCAGACUUGAAAGUUGCAAGGAGCUGAAGAUUGAAAUCAGGCCCGACCUGCACGCUCGCACCCUGACCAUUACAGACACGGGCAUCGGCAUGACCAAGGCCGACUUAAUCAACAACCUGGGCACCAUCGCCAAGUCUGGCACCAAGGCCUUCAUGGAGGCUCUGCAGGCAGGAGCUGACAUCUCUAUGAUUGGUCAGUUCGGUGUGGGUUUCUAUUCUGCAUACCUGGUAGCUGAGAAGGUCACAGUGAUCACAAAGCACAACGAUGAUGAGCAGUACGUUUGGGAGUCUGCUGCGGGUGGCUCAUUUACAGUCAAGCCCGACAAUGGAGAGCCUCUGGGCAGAGGCACAAAAGUUAUCCUUCACCUCAAAGAAGACCAGACAGAAUAUUGUGAGGAAAAACGCGUCAAGGAAGUAGUCAAGAAGCACUCCCAGUUCAUUGGCUACCCUAUUACACUUUUUGUGGAGAAGACAAGAGAGAAGGAAGUGGACCUUGAGGAGGGAGAAAAGGAAGAGGAAGUCGAAAAAGAUGCUGCAGAGAACAAAGACAAACCAAAAAUCGAGGAUGUGGGGUCAGACGAGGAUGAAGACUCCAAGGAUGGCAAGAACAAGAGGAAGAAGAAGGUCAAGGAGAAGUACAUUGAUGCUCAGGAGCUGAACAAGACUAAGCCCAUCUGGACCCGCAACCCAGAUGACAUCACCAAUGAAGAGUAUGGAGAGUUUUACAAGAGUCUCACCAAUGACUGGGAGGAUCACCAGGCUGUCAAGCAUUUCUCAGUGGAAGGCCAGCUGGAGUUCCGUGCUUUGCUCUUUGUACCAAGGAGAGCUGCCUUUGACCUUUUUGAAAACAAGAGAAAGAGAAACAACAUCAAGCUGUAUGUGCGAAGGGUUUUCAUCAUGGACAACUGUGAAGAGUUGAUCCCUGAGUAUCUCAAUUUUAUCAAGGGUGUUGUGGACUCUGAGGAUCUGCCCCUAAACAUCUCCAGAGAGAUGCUGCAACAGAGCAAGAUCCUGAAGGUGAUCAGAAAGAACCUGGUCAAGAAGUGCCUGGAACUUUUUACUGAAAUGUCAGAGGACAAGGAAAACUACAAGAAGUUCUAUGAGCAGUUCUCCAAAAACAUUAAGCUUGGAAUCCAUGAGGACUCCCAGAAUAGAAAGAAGCUGUCAGAUCUGCUGCGCUACUACACUUCAGCCUCUGGAGAUGAGAUGGUUUCCCUCAAAGACUAUGUCUCUCGUAUGAAGGACAACCAGAAACACAUUUAUUACAUCACUGGUGAGACCAAAGAUCAGGUGGCGAACUCUGCUUUUGUGGAGCGUCUUCGCAAAGCUGGCUUGGAGGUCAUAUACAUGAUUGAGCCCAUUGAUGAGUAUUGUGUCCAGCAGCUGAAGGAGUAUGAUGGCAAGAACCUGGUCUCUGUGACCAAGGAAGGCCUGGAACUUCCAGAAGAUGAUGAGGAGAAGAAGAAGCAUGAGGAGCUCAAAAAUAGAUUUGAGAAUCUUUGCAAGAUCAUGAAAGAUAUUCUGGACAAAAAGAUUGAAAAGGUCACAGUCUCCAACCGCUUGGUUGCUUCUCCUUGCUGCAUUGUGACCAGCACCUACGGCUGGACGGCAAACAUGGAGAGAAUCAUGAAGUCUCAGGCACUGAGGGACAACUCCACCAUGGGAUACAUGACCGCCAAGAAACAUCUUGAGAUUAACCCUUUACAUCCGAUCAUCGAGACACUGAGGGAGAAGGCAGAGGCAGACAAGAAUGACAAGGCUGUGAAGGACCUAGUCAUCCUGCUGUUCGAGACUGCCCUGCUAUCCUCUGGUUUUACUCUGGAGGAUCCCCAAACUCACGCCAAUCGCAUCUACAGAAUGAUCAAACUUGGUCUUGGAAUUGAUGACGACGAUUCUGCAGUUGAGGACCUCAUUCAGCCGGCUGAUGAAGACAUGCCAGUCCUGGAAGGAGAUGAUGACACAUCAAGAAUGGAGGAAGUAGACUAAAAUACUUGCUAGAAUUUUCCAAAAGCUCACCUAGUUUUUAUUUUUCUAAGUUAAUUUGCUUUCUGGAAUGACUUUUUAUUUACCAUAACUUUUAUUUUUCAAAAGUGUCAAAUUGUUAAGUUUUUUUUAUUUAUGCAGACCAUAAUAUUGUUUUAGUCAUUUAAAUGUCUUUAUUUUUGACAUUUUGAAAGCUUAAGAGUAAUAUAAAGUCAUUUGUAUUUUGACUAAUUCCUCUUUUGUAACUGCUGCAUUUUAUAUGUA